AGUAAGCAUUGAAUCAAAAUUAUCUCAGUACAUCUGCAACGAGUGCGAAGAGGCAGAGAAAGAAGAAACAACGUUUCUGUUCAUCUUCUUCUUCUUCUUCCUCACUCUCAAUCUCCAAUCUCUCCUCUAAAUCCCUUCCAAUCUCGCGUGCGCCACAGAUCUGAUAGUUAGAUUACACUGAAUCGAAUCGAAUCGAAUCGCUGAAUCCCAAUGUCGCAGCAAUUAGGGUUCGCGAUCGAGCUAUACCUAGACCCUGCGUUGGAGAAUCAGGUUCUGAAAGCAUGGAACGUUCUUGCGAGAAGACAAAUCAGCACGCACCUGAUAGAAAUGGAGUCUCGGCCACACAUAACCCUAUUCUCGGCGCCAUUUCUAGAACCUUCGAAGCUCGAAUCUCUCCUGAAAGGCUUCGCAUCGAAGCACGAUCCUCUCCCUCUCACCUUCUCUUCCCUCGCCACUUUCCCCAACGACCCCGACAACCUCCUCUUCCUCGCCCCAACCCCUUCCCUCUCACUCCUCCACCUUCAGUCACAGCUCUGUGACGCUAUCAGAAAAGAAGGCCUCGAAAUCGGUGACGAUUACGCUUUCAAUUCCUGGAUCCCUUAUUGCUCCGUUGCACACCAUGUCCCCAAAAACAGAAUGCCUGAGGCUUUCUCCCUCUUGAGGGAACUCAAGCUUCCGGUUUCCGGUUACGCCAUGGAUAUCGCUCUCGUUCAGUUCUCUCCGGUUCGGGAAAUCUUCUCGUUUGUGCUCGGCAACAACGUAGACUCUUGACUUACGGUUUCUUUUUUAUUACUCUAUAGUUGCUAAUUUCUUUUUUGUUAUGUUAAAUUAGUAAGAUGAUGAGAUUAGAUAAUUAAUUGCGUUUGAUUGUUUUAGGAGGGAGGAUUUUGGUUCCUCCUGAAAUUGUCUUGAUGUAAUGAUUGAUGGUGUCGCGUUACACCGAAUUUGAUAGUUUAUGGAACUUGGUUUAUUUAUCUUUAGUA